ACCAGAAAGGGUCCAGCUCGGCAGCCAAGGCUCAACAACCGUGGUGAAACAAAAGCAGAGGCCCGGGCAAGAAGACAUGCAGCGAAAGCUAUCAGGAAGGCCUCUAAGAAGGCCUUUCAAGCCGAACAAAGAGUAUGAAGCCCUCUUCUUGAAUUUGCCCAUCGACAAUGCUGACCUUUCUCAGAUUGCCAAAAUUGAAGCUGAGCGAGAACGCAAGCGUUUGCUGAGGCAAGAGACUGAUGUCGUUGCCAAGCGAACACGACCAAGCAGUACUGGCGCAGCUGGAAGUUGGGCUGAUGGUGCAGCGUCGUCGCUCGGCGAGAAGUCUGCCAAGUUCAUGAAGCUGAUGGGCGGUGGCAAGGCUGCUGGUGAGGUUACCACUGAGUCUUUGGGGGCUGCUACCGACAACAAGCCAGACAAGGCUGUGAAGAAGGCACGCAAAGCAGAAGCUGAGUUGGAGAAGCAGUUCAAGAGCGGUAUGCAGGCGAAACAGAGUGGAUCGCGCAGGACUGGUCUUGGUGCGUAACCUCAAGAUUAUCUAGCAUUCACUUAUAACUUAGCAGCAAGUCAUUGCAUC